ACCGAAAUUGCAAUUCUGCCUAUACAAGAGGGAAAGACCUUUGACGAUACAUCGACUGCCGAUGGCCGACUGCAUGCUGAACUUCUCAAGGAUCUACUCUCUCAGCCAGGUUGUCAGCGUUGCUACUGGGGUCGUCAAGUCGAGAAUAAAAAUGUAUUGAGAUGGUUUAUUGAUUGGGAUAGGAUGGAGCAUCACCGAAAAUUUAUCGACUCUGAUGCCUACAAAUACUUCGUGUCACGCUUAAGCGACUUACUUGGAGGAGCCCCUCGGGUUUAUCAUGCUUACUUUAACCCUAAUACUCCUUUUGCAAUCUUCGGCAGUACCACUACUAUUGCCACAGAGAUUGUAAACAUGUACUUUCCAACCUCAUAUUCCAACGAAGACAAGACAAAGGUAGCGAAUGAUGUGAGUGCUUUUAUUGCUGUCCUUGAGCGAGAAGAGACUGCCUACCGAGCAACAACAUGUGGCUGGGUGGAAGAAGAUGUGGAUAUUCCAGGAACGACCGAGAAGACUAGAGUAUUUGUGCUGCUGAUCGGAAGGACUAGUGUAGACGCACACUUGUCAUUCCGUAAUACGAAAGCCUUUGCGGAGUAUAUUCAUCUUCUGCAUAGU